UUUCUAAUAAUUGUAACGGAAGGGGAUUUCUAAUAAUUACGACCGGGAUUUCAUAUUUUGAGAAGGGGAAAAGGAAGAAUAGAAGCAGAGAAGAAGGGGGAAGAGGGAGAACAGCAAGGACGGUCGCUACUCCGCCGUUGUUCCCACCGACGACCUGUCUCCGGCAGCGACGCUACACACAGACCACCGUCGCCGGAUUCCCCUCCAGGCCGUCUCUCCUUUGCUUUCUGACGAUUGUAUCAAGGGCGUAUGUCGCCGGUUUCCUCCUUCUAUCUUAGCCUCUCCGUCUUUCGUCGAGUAUAAUCAGGUUGUCAUGGCCGGUGGUGGUCGUCGGAAGCUGGGACAUGCCACCCCGAGAGAAUUGUUUCCGUCGACAAGCCAUGCAAAUACGAAAACUUCUCCGGAAGUUACCCCAUCCCCUGAGCCAUGUGUAGGUGGUUCUGGGACAUCUACUCAGGUUCCUGAGACGCAAGACGGUAACUCUCCCAUGGGUGAGGUUCCUACCCCCGUUGCGAGAAGGACUUUGCACCUGACGGGGUUAUGGUUCGAUAAUAACACUGUGAGCACCUCCAUUACAAAUAUUUUUCAAGCACAUUGGCACGAACCAUGGCUUAACUAUGAAAUGGUUGACAAGGUUACUAAGACCCAUUGGUGGAACUCGUUUACGAAACAAUACCUUUGGAAUGCUGAUCUUGAUGCCCUCUUGAAGAAGGAGUAUGAAAAGAAGGCACAUAAGAGGCUGAAAGAGAUUACAUACAAUAUUUCGGUCAGAAACAAGUCAGUUCCCAGAUGGAUGGGAGAGUGUAUGUUUGAGCGAAUUAUGGAGAAAAGAAAGGAUCCGGUUUUUCUGGAGAGGUCAGAAAAAGCGAAGAAGAACAGGAGGGGCGACUCCCUGUAUAAUCCAAUUGAGCCGUCACACUUCCAAGGUUCUAUCUCUGCAUCAAAGCAUGCAAAGAAAAUGGCUCAGAAAGCCGGUGGAGUGCUUCCAACUGCCCAUGAGGUGUUCCUAAAGACACAUUUCAAGAAAGUUCCAGGAAAAGGAAAAGUUGCGGCUAACAAGAGGGCACAACAAAUCUCGAUAACACAUCUAACUUUGAAAAACUAAUGAAAUUAUUUUUUAAGUAAGCAAGCAAAACAUAGGCACUUAUACUUAUGAUUGAAAUUUGAGGAACCUAACUUUGGAAACUAAUGUGUUGUUUGAAUGACAAAGUCUUAGAAUAUAUCAAAAACAAAGAAAAUGGGUAAGUUAGAAGGCCAUUUAAGCCAUUUUAGCCAAGUUGUGAACCUAUAGCCUUGUAAAUUCUUGAAAAUGUCUAUGAUUAACCAAUUUGAACCUAUAAACAUGUUUUGUAUGCUAAAUAUGAGUUUUUUGAAUGAAAAAGUCUUAGAAUAUAUCAAAAACAAAGAAAAUGGGUAAGUUAGAAGGCCAUUAAGCCAUUUUAGCCAAGUUGUGAACCUAUAGCCUUGUAAAUGCUUGAAAAUGUCUAUGAUUAACUAAUUUGAACCUAUAAACAUGUUUUGUAUGCUAAAUAUGAGUUUUUUGAUUGAUAAAAUCGUAGAAUAUAUCAAAAACAAAGAAAAUGGGUAAGUUAGAACGAAGGCCAUUU